AAUGUCAGAACACAGGCCAGAUGUGUGUACAUUAACUAGUAUUUUGAGCAUUUGUGCAAGCAUAUCAGCCUUGAGAGAUGGAAAACAAGUUCAUGGCUACAUUCUCAAAUUUGGGUUUUCCCCCCAGAUGUGCUUAUGUAACACCCUCAUUACGGUGUAUGCUAAAUGCGGGGUUAUAGAUUGGUCAGUAAGAGUGUUCAAUGCGAUGCCUCAAAAGGAUACAGUCUCCUGGAAUUCCCUGAUAUCAGCAUAUGCACAGCAUGGGCAAGGAAAUGAAGCUGUGCGCUGCUUUGAGGCAAUGCAAGACUCCGCUGCAGUCAAACCAGAUCAGGCCACCUUCACGGCAGUCCUUUCCGCUUGCAGCCACUCCGGUUUAGUCGUUGAUGGUACCCGAAUUUUCAAUUCCAUGAUUAAUGAUUAUGGCUUUAUGCCUCAAGUAGAUCACUUUUCUUGUAUAGUUGACCUUCUAGGUCGUGCUGGGUAUCUUGAUGAGGCGGAAACGGUAAUAAACAGCAAGCAUAUUAAAGCACAUCCAAAUAUUUGGUGGACACUAAUCAGUUCUUGUGCAGCACAUGGUAAUUUAAGGCUAGGAAGAACAGUUGCUGGAUUUCUCCUUGAAACUGAACAAAAUAAUCCAACUGUUUAUGUGCUUUUGGCAAGUAUUUAUGCAGCUGCUGGGCAAUGGGAAGAAGCAGCUAAUGUGAGAGAAUUGAUGAACAGAACAGGGGUGGUAAAGACACGGGGAUGCAGUUGGAUUGAGUCAUGAAAACAUGUAGGAGUGAAUAUUUUACAUAGGCUGGACAUGGAAGUUGAUAAAGAGGGAUCACAAUCUUCUUUUUUCUUUUUCUUCUUUUCUCUGUCUGUUCUCUAUGGGUCAAAGAUUUUGAUAAAAUCAGCAUAGAUAUCCACUCUU